AUGUACUUCUCUGGCGAAGAGAGUAAGUAUAUCACAUAUGAUGACCCCGAGAAUCAAUGCUCCAGAAUAAUCCCAGAAUUAUACUUUAGAGUACAAAAUGAAAAUGAACGAUCACUUGCUAAGGAUUCGAACUAA